AUGGAGCUGGAUAGCGAGGAAACUUUCUGGCGCGAUCUACAGCCUUGGCUCUUCUCUCGCGGAUAUCAACUUCGUGCACGGUAUCAACCAGACUGGAUCCCAUCUUGGGUAACAAACCCGCCUGCUGAAAGAUAUGAGGUCCGACAGAGAGAGGAUAACGUUCGACGAGUGAUGGAUGCGGUUCGUGCUAGAGAUGACAAACCUGUUAUGCUCAAGAAAGUGCGUAAGGCAGGCAAUGAAUAUGAUUGGGAACUCGCCAUAUCGCAAUAUGUUUCUUCUCCAGAGCUGAUGAAGGACUCGGAUAACCACUGUGUGCCUGUUUAUGAGGUCUUGGAUAUCCCGAAUGACCCUGAACAUUCCAUAAUCGUGAUGCCUUUGCUGUAUCCUUUUCAUAUUACUCGGUUCGAUACCAUCGGGGAAUGUUUGGACUUUUUCUAUCAAAUUUUUAAAGGUAUACAAUUCCUCCAUCGUCAUCAUAUCGCACAUCGGACGUUAACCAAUGCAAUUCUCAGGGACUGUACAGCAAAUAAUGUAAUGAUGGAUCCAUCUGAAAUCUAUCCUGAAGGGUUCCACCCUGUGAAAUAUCGCAUGAACCGAGAUUACACUGGCCCUGCAAGUCCCAAGUGUACAAGGACGCAAUGCCCUCCUAAAUAUUACUGGAUCGAUUACGGAUUAUCGGUCCAUUUUGAAGAGUCUUACAAGUUUCCUCGUGCUGUUACAUUGCGAGGAGGAGACAAGUCAGCGCCAGAAUUUCAGGACAUCAAACACUUACACACUGCCCGUGACCCAUUCCCGACCGAUAUCUACUAUUUGGGAAAUUUGAUUCGAAUAUACUUUACUGAGGGUCACCCUGAUAAUAUCGACGGGUAUAUCUAUGGCCUCGGUUUCAUGAAACCCCUCGUCGAUGCCAUGGUACAAGAAGACCCAAGUAAGCGCCCGACCAUCGAUCAAUGUGUUAUCCAUCUCGAAGAAAUCAUUUGCUCUCGCAAUCCUUCAACACUUCGCUCGCAGACGCGCGCCAUCAGGGCAUCCACAGGAAAUUUUGAAUUGCAGAAAGACACUCUUUUGUUGCUUUCGCUGACAUUACAGCCGCCUGAACGCAUGGUUGAAGACGCUUUACAGAAGGACAUGGCAGCAGAUUCAGUCAAUCGAAUAUGGGGAAGGAUGUCAAUGAUGUCAGAUCUUCGCAGGCUUGACGUUUUUCUGCAGGAUAAUGCACUCAACGCUGCAGAAAUCUUCGAGUAG